AUGGGGAUAAAUCUUUAUUAUCUCAUUUCUUUCCACAUUCUGCUAUUAUUACUCUUCAUGCGAAAUAACACAGCUAGUGCUAGUGCUAGUACCCAUGAUUUCUUGGCAGAAAGAAGGCUGCAAGAGAUUGUGAUAAAAUCGGUACAAUCAACUCGUCCGAAUGUGGCAAGGGAGCACCACCAGCAGCAGUAUUACCGCCGCCGCCGCCAUCCUCCAGCACAACCAGCAAUACCAAACUAUGUUAGAUGGGCUGAAAGGGGGACCAAUUGGGUUUUGAUACAUAUGUGUAACGGAUACAUAGAUGAAUGGAUUCAUGAGGUUUGA